AGGAAGGAAGUCUAUUGUUUGAUUCACUAAUAAAUAUGGAUAAAUGAAAAACGUAUUAUAUGUUAUAGACCAAAUAUUAUUUGAAUCUUAUUUUUACUAUUUAACUAUAACACGUGGAAUUGCCUGCGUUAACGGUGAUAAACGUAAACAAUUUAUAAUAUAAAACACAGUACAUUAAUUCUAUGUCUACAGGAUAUUGAUAUGGGUCCAUUCCUCGGUAUCCCGUUUUUAUUAAUAACGUUUCCAUACGUGCUUUCAAUAACAUGGCCUCGAAAUGGAUGUACAGGUGAUUAUAAUGCCGCAAACUGUCAAAUAAAUGUUUAUUGUGUGAAUAAUCUAAAUUAUUUGGAUAGUUUUAUCCAUACAAAAGAAGAUUUAGUUACAAAUAUAGAUCAUCGAUAUAAUAAUUGUUCAAAUAAUAAUUAUUUUUAUUCACCUAAUUACGGCACAAUUUUAUCUAAAAUAUCUCUUACAUAUCGAUAUAAUUUAGAAGAUUCUAUACAUACUAUUCCACUACCGGAUUAUGCUUAUCAAAUGGCAAUUUCUACUUUUGAUGUUAGUAGUAACAGACUGAGUAUUUGUCCCAAUGUCAUGAGAAUGGACAAUUUGAUAUAUCUGAAUAUGUCAAUGAACAGUAUUAGUGUAGCAAAGUUUUCUAAUGUUGUAGAACUACCACUUUUGAGAGAAAUAGAUUUGUCGAACAAUAUUAUUAAAACUAUAAAAGUCAAUGAUGAGAAUGAGUUCCCAUAUAAAAACCUAACCAAAUUAAAUUUAUCUCAUAAUUUAUUAACAACAAUACCAGAUGCUAUUUUUGAUACAUUUAGUAAGCUCACUUCAUUGGACUUGUCAUUCAAUUUCAUAUUGUUCUUGGGUAUUGGGACCUUUGAAGGUAUAAAACGCCUGAUUCAUUUGGAUAUUUCGCAUAAUAAGAUAGUUGAUAUUAAUUCCUCUCUGUUCAGAUUUACUGAUCUGGAAACGUUUAAUAUUAGUCAUAACCAAAUUCGCACAAUAGAUGCGACAGACUUUGCAAUGCUAAAAAAGUUAGAAUCUGUGGAUUUCAGUUACAACAACAUUGUUAACUUAGAAAAAACAAUAUUUUACAAUAUGAUUUUACUAAAAACUGUUAACUUAAAUAAUAAUGAAAUAUAUUCAAUAGACCGUGACGCAUUUUUUAAUAAUACUUAUUUGACAAAGAUUGAUAUUUCUAAUAAUAAACUUAAAAUAUUACCAAAGGAUUUAUUUAAAGAUAAAAAUCUUAUUGUCUUUUCUAUAACAGGCAAUACCUUAGAGGGUCCUAUCGUAAAAGGUUUAUUUCAAGGUUUGAGAUUUGUUUUAAAGUUAGAUUUGAGCAACCAGUGCGUAACUUCUAUUGAAGAUUAUACCUUCUUUGGUCUCGAAAGAAUACAAGAACUUUUCAUAAAUAAUAAUGACAUUGGAUCGUUAUCUAAAAAUAGUUUUAAAUCACUCCAAAGUUUAGUACAUUUGGAUUUAUCUAAUAACAGAAUUACCAGCAUUGAUUUCGAUAAAGAAGAUUUAGUUAGUCUUCGUUCUUUCUUUUUACGUAAUAAUUUUCUAACUCAAAUAAAAUAUGAAUAUUAUAAUCAUUUAAACUCGCUUAGAUUUUUGGAUCUAUCUUACAAUAAUAUAUCGUCUUUGGAAUCUAAAGCAUUUAAGUCACUACGCGAUUUAAUAAUUUUCCAAAUUUAUAAUAAUCCUCUCAGUGGUGCGUUACAGGAAGGUACAUUUGAUGGGUUGAAUGCUUUGCCAUCUUUAGAUAUAUCCAAAACGCAUUUAACAAUUAUUAAUAAUAAUUCGUUCAGCGGAAUGUCACAAUUAAAAUAUUUCAAUAUUUCUCAUAGUAAUUUAACUGUAGUGCAAUACAAUGCUUUUUCGCAUACGGGCUCUAUAAAGUCGUUAGAUCUUUCUUAUAAUGCAAUAACAACAUUUUCUAUAAACUGCACAGAAAUGAAGAAUUUGCAUACUUUGUUACUUAACAAUAAUAGAAUUAAGUCUAUUUAUGCCAACUAUUUUCAUGGAUUUGAUGGUCUGAAGAAUAUAAAUUUAGCAAAUAACAAUAUUCAAAAGAUCGAAAGCGAUACAUUUUUUGGUCAACCAAACUUAAUAAGUUUAGAUUUAUCAUAUAAUUCAAAAUUGAAUACAAAUAUAUCACAGUUUGUUAACAAUAAACAUAUACAUGAUUUAAUAUUGUCUGGAAUUCGUACAAAUAUUGUAUUCACAAAUGUAAAAAAAUCCCUUACAUUGUCAAGAUUAGAUAUAGCGCAAUCAAAUAUAGAAAAUGUAACUAAAUUAAACCUGCAGGUAAUGCCACAUAUUAAAUAUUUAAAUUUAAAAGAUAAUAAAAUACAAAAGUUAGUAUCAGGUGCGUUUUUCAAAUUAUACGAUUUAAUCAAUUUAGAUUUGAGUUAUAAUUUAAUCACGAAUGUACAGGCUGGUUCUUUUAAGGAUAAUAAUCAACUUCAGUGUCUUAAUAUUUCACACAAUUCAUUAACUGCAAUCACAUAUGGAAUAUUACGAGGAUUGAAUUCCUUGCAGAUAUUAGAUAUGUCAUAUAAUUUUAUUGACGAUAUGGACAGCGAACGAUUUUACGAAGCUGAAAAUUUGAAAGAGUUAAUAUUGGACCAUAAUAACAUAUAUACAAUUUCGGCGGAAGAAUUUGUGGGGACCAAUUUAGAAGUUCUUAGUAUAGGCGAUAAUCCAUUGCCAUGUGAUAUAAUUGUGAACUUGAAGAAGAGUGUUACAUCUUUUAAUAUAACUUCUAUUCGAUUUGAUAUACAUAACGAAAAUUCUCAUGGUAUUACUUGUAAAAAAAACAGAGCGAUUACACAAGUUAAUUCAGAUCAUACUAAUGAAAGCAAAUCAUUAGAAAACGAAAAAGUUUUGUUCGAUAUAAGAGAUAUUAUGAUGAAGUUGGCUAAAGAAUAUAAUACUUAUAAUUCAGUAGAGAAUAAAGACACUGAAUACUGGAAAAUUAUUAAAGACAACAUCGAAAAGUCAAGUAAUACUCUUGACAAAAGCCUCGCAAUAAUAAUGAAUCAGUCAUUAGCAAUAUCAAUCGAAAGUAUUAAAACUAAUAUUCUGUUACAGAAAAUUUUAAAAACAAUGGUUUUUAAUAAUACCUUACAGAUACCUCAGACAUCUCUCUCAAAAGAUAAUGCAACAUAUGAAAACUUGGUAACUUACAUAAAUAAAAUGAAACAAGACAUAGGAAGUGUAAUAUCCGUAGAAAAACAAAAUGUACUUGACGAAUUGGAAAGCAAAAUAUCUUACCUUAAUUCGCGUGUUAAGUCUGUGGAAUCUUUACUUGCAUCGACAAAGCAACAGAGUAGUGAAAAAUUAAUUGCUAAUAAAGAUCCAACUGAAUCCACUCAUCAGUCAUGGUUUAUUGAGACUUGUGUUGCUUUGAUAUUAAUCAUUAUAGUUAUUUAUAUUUUGUACAAAUUCUAUAAGUCUAAUAUGUUUAUGAAGUCUAGAAGAACUUACAGUUCACGUGAAUUACCGGGUUCCAUGGAAAGCCCAAAUUUGUAAUUAUAUAUUGCAAUCUCUGGGAUGGCCCCGAUGGUCUAGUAGUUUAACAAAUCCCCUUACUUCUGGUAGUAUGAUUGUUUGUAUUAAUCUGGGUCUUUUAUAUGCAUUGCAUAUAUGUAUUUAGAAAAACAAUGAAUUUGAAUAUGUCUAUCUUGUCCAGUGCACAAGCUUUGCUUAGCUAGAAACUAUGUCUGUAUUAUCAAGGUUUAUUAUUAUAUUAUUUUUAUUUUUUCAAUUGCGAGACAAGAGACAUUUGGUUUAGUGCUGAAUCAUGGAUGAUGGCUCUAUACCAUAAUAUAUAAUUCUAAAUAGAUUCUUGGAUCUGUUCGAGAUAAAUUACUGAAUAAUCAAAGAUUUUAAUUACCGUAAUUAGUUCUUUUAGUUCGUACUAAUUUAAGAAUUUCAUAAAAAUAUACAGAACUGAUAUGUAGAAAUAAAAUACAAAAAUUGUUGCUUUUUAUAUUAUUGCUUGUUUUUUCUGUCUGGUAUUAUAGUGACAUAAAAUAAUUACAAUAUGGUUUGAUUGGUAUGGAUUCUUUUGUAUUCUUGAGGUAUUUAUAAUAAGCCAUAAAAAAGGGAUUGGCCCACAUGGUCUCUCUGUUACCUUGUUGAUUUCUUACCGUACGAUGUAUGCCAAUUACGAUAUAUGUUAAAAAGUCCUCAUAAAAUAAAUAACAUUCUUUUUCCAUUGGGCAGCUUAAACCCGUUGCAUAAAAAACACUUUAUUUUGUUCUUACUUUUACUAUUAAUUUUGAGUAUGUAUUAGUGUGUAAUGUGGAUUGUUGUAGUAUUAUGUCUUCACUUCAUAUUUUUGUUGUUAUCUAACCAAGAUAAGAAUAAAAAUAUGAAAUCUUUACAAUAUCGUCAUAUCGUUUAUUUAUUUAAUCAGCCAAGUAUUACCUAUAUUAAAUGUGUAUACAUGUACGCAGCUUAUUUCACUAUUUUGGCAGUUUCAAAGAAUGCAUAUAUUAUUAUUUUUAAACUUUAGUGUUUAAUAUAAAUUAUAUAUAUUAUUAACCGUGUUUUAACACGAAUAAUUUUAUGGCAAAUAAAGGUAUUUACCUCACUCGACGUUUCGAAUAGGUUGUACUAGCCAUGAUCACGAGCUGUCUGGAGUAACAGCGAUGCCAAUGUAGACAGGUGACAGCAGUUUUUUCAUCUACCGUCACUAGAUUGUUCAACGAACAUCGUGAGUACUGUGUGACGUGAACUUUCGUUGAAUAAUAUAAUCAGCUCGGGACCACGGCUAGUGCAACCUAGUCGAAACGUCGAUAGCGGUAAUUAUUCGUGUUAAGACCCGGUUAAUAAUAUAAAUAAUGCAUAUAUUCUUUUAAAUUAUAUGUAUCCUAGAUAUGUACUAUAAUAACAAUACUUUAAUCGAAUAGUCAGAUAAGAUGAUCAGUGUAAUUAAUAUUAAUAAUAAAAUGAUUGAC